GAGGAAUACUAUAAAAUAAAGGUAAAAGGUAAUGUGAAAAUAUGAGUGAGUGUUAAAAAAAAAUAUGAGUGAGUGUUAAAAAAAUGUAGUAGGAAAAAGGGGUGAUAAAAGUGUGCAUAUCACAUAAUAAUCGAUAUAAAUUAAAGGACAAAAUAAUUGAUAAAAUUUGCUAAAAAUAGGAGAAAAAAUUAAAGGGAUAUGAAUCAUACAAUAUGAUUAAGAUAAAUAAGUAUAAUCAGAAAGUGACUUUAUCUAUAUUUACCUCUUUUUUUUUUCUUUUUUUUUUCUUUUUUUUUUUUGAGUAGCAAUUACAAUUUAUUUUUGAAUAGCUUUAUCUAUAUUUACUUGUGGACUGCUUUAUUUUCCUUUUUCGACGUAUGAUCAAAUAAUAUAUGCAUUAUUAUUAUUAUUUUUUUUUAAUAAUUCAUUAAUUAUUGUUACUACAGUACAACUUUUAUAAAUCUUAUUACACGACUCUGUGUUUGAUAACUACGUCAAUUUUUUAUUUUUUACCGAGGUUAAAUUUUUACCGAGAUUAAUUUUUACCGGUAAUAAUGCACGCAGUAGAAUUUCGGCUAUAAAUAUAGCUCCCUCAUUCUACCAUUUCUACUACUCAUUCUACCAUUCAUCUCAAACAAAAGACCUUCCUCACCUUAAUUUCUUACUCCUCAUUCUACAAUUUAUACGAGAAUACGACCAUUCAUCUCCAACAAAAAAAAAACCUUCGUCACCUUUCUUACUCCUCUUCUUCUUGAUCAAAACACGCAAUACUUGAAAUUUAAUAUGGAUGUUUCAAAGCCUAUUUUCUCCCUUAUAGUGUUUUGGCUACUACUUGGAGUCUUCAACCUCCACCUCACAGCCUCCGUUCCUGUCGAUGACAAUCGCCGCCACCUCACAAACUCCGUCUCCGUUGAUGUCUCCAAAGGACAUAAGAUAUCUCCAGUCUUUUUUGGCAUUUUUUUCGAGGAAAUCAACCAUGCUGGAGCCGGUGGGUUAUGGGCGGAGCUUGUGAGUAACACAGGAUUCGAAGCCGGAGGUCACUCUAUGCCUUCCUCAAUUAAUCCUUGGGCUAGAAUUGGUGAGGAUGAGGAUAUCUACAUCGUAACGGAGCUAGUGUCGUGCUUCAAACAUAACCCGGUUGCGUUACGGAUGGACGUACUUUGUGAACAAAGUACUUGUCCUCCGGGAGGGGUCGGGCUCUACAAUACCGGCUACUGGGGAAUGAACAUUGAAGAAGGUAAAAGUUACAUUGUGAUCUUUUACCUAAAAUCAACUCAACAAAUUGAUGCCUUUGUGGCAUUUGAACAAGAACUUUGUGAUAAAAUCAACUUUAAUUUGGUUCUUGUUCUUUUUUUUCUUCCACUAGUCAGCAUCAUCCAUUCUAAUGCUCUUCAGAACGUUGAUUAUCCAUUAAGUUCUCCCUAACGUUUUCCACUCUUGUGUCCAUGGUCAAGUUGCCAACAGCGUUGGAGUUGGAUGAUACAUGAUUUGGCAACAUAUGCCGGUCGCAUCCAGUUAUACCCUUCCCCACAAUAUCCGCGUGAGCAGUUGAAUUAGAAGGAUUCACCAAAUUCUGAUGUGUUGUGGAAUCACUUCCAAAUGGUGCUUUACUAUCGUGUUUCCUCUUCUUUGCAUCAUCAUCAAGAUGUUGCUUCCUUUUUUUGCUUGAUGGCCACACCAGCUUCAAUUCUGUCAAUCUUCGCUUCAUUGUACACCUCGAGACUGCAAAUUGUGGUCAUUUAAGAAAGACCAAGAAUCAAAACAUAAACUAUUUUUAUUUAACUACAAUUUGCUGAACAAAUUCAUGGAAUUAAAAGCACAUAACAUAAAUUUGUUCUAGGACCAAAAUUUUUAAUCAUAAAGUAACAUACCUCCAACUUGUUCUGCAGCUUCUUGGAAUGUCAUAUUUUUGGACCAAAAUGAUUGAAGCGUCUCUAGUGAAAUUUCUUUUCUUUUGUAACCCUUGAUGUCAUUUUGAAGGGUUUGGUUCUGCUCAUGCUCAUAAUUUCCUUGUUCACUUUCCAUAGUUGCAGAGUCACUUUGUAUAGCAGGGAUACUCUAACUUUCAGGAUUUGAAUGAAAUAUUGAAUACGUACUGUACUAGUAUAUGAGAAUUGAGAAGCAGCUACCAAUUUAUAAAAACUUUGAGCCUGAACCUACAUUAUUCUCCUAUUUCUUCCCACCGCCCCCCCCCCCC